AUGUCCUUCUUGAGGAAUUUCUUCGGUACCACGCCCAUGCCGGCGAAGGAGGAGAAGACGGCUGUCCGCGCUCUUCCUGCUUCGUGGUACACAUCUCAAUAUAUGUAUGAGCUGGAACGACGAUCCAUCUUCUCUCGGAAGUGGCUUCUCACUACACACAAGCACCGUGUGUCCAACCCCGGCGAUUCUGUUGGAUACGACGCUGCCGGCUUCGAGUUCAUCGUUCUGAAGGAUCACCAAGGAAACAUCAGCGCCGUUCACAGUGAUGACCUGACUCCCAUCCACAUGCAUAUCGACCGCAACGGCUUUAUCUGGGUCAACCUUGAUGCCGCCGAGACGCCCGAAGUAGCCUGGAACGACGAUUUCGAAGGCGUCGACGAGCAGCCUCGAUUCGAUCACUACAAUUUUGAAGAGUACAACUUCGAUCACACCUGGGACAUGGAAGGCGAAUUCAACUGGAAGAUUCUGGCCGAUAACUAUAACGAGUGCUACCACUGCCAAGUAGCGCACCCGGAUAUCCCCACAAUCGCGGAUCUAGCCUCCUACUACGUCAAGACCAAGGACGGCCACAUCCAGCACUAUGGAGCGCAACGUGACGACCAGAUCGCUCAGGGAUUCCGAAUUGCCACAACUUAUUUCUGGCCCAAUGCCUCUUUCAAUAUUAGCCCCAACUUCUUCUUCAUGCAGCGGUUUACCCCGACAAGCCCGACCAAGUGCACUAUGCGUUACGAGGUCUACCGACACAAAGAUGCUACUGAUGAGGCAUUCAAUCUUAUCAGUGAUAUGUACAAGCGUAUCAUGUCUGAGGAUAAGUACCUCUGCAUCCUUUCCCAGAAGAAUCUCAAUGCUGGUGUCUUUGUCAACGGUGAGCUCCACCCUGAGAUGGAGAUGGGCCCGCUUCAUUUCCAGAAGACUGUGCGCGAUGUGGUGAAAGAGCAUCAUCAGAAGGAGAGGGAGGCUGGCCAUGAGAUCUGGCCUGCUGCUGAGCGCUCUCAUAAGAGUACUGCUACCGAUCAAGAUACUGCUGCUUCUCUUCGCACGGCUAUUGAAAACUGGACCGCGGAGAAAAAUGAGUUGAAGGAUUCACUGCAAAGUAAUCUUCCAUCGGUUAUCAUUGUGUAA